UGCCAUACUACGUUAAAACGUACCUCAUCAAUGUGCCCGGGCUUUCGGGCCUCUUUCUCGCUGGAGUCGUGAGCGCUGCAACAAGCACAGUGUCGUCUACAGUGAACUCCCAAGCUGCUAUUCUUUACGUAGAUGUGAUUGUCCAUCGGUACAAGAACGCUGAAAAACAUGUGCGAUGGAUUACGCGCAGCACAGCGCUGGCAUUGGGGAUUUCAAUGACAGUGUACAGUAUACUCUGUGCGCACAUGGGCUCUAUGACAGAGAGAAAUUCCAGUGAUGUACCAUCAGUUCAGAUUUACAAGUCCUUUCUUAUGGUGUACAAUGGCAUGACUGCACCUUUUGUCGGUCUAUGCCUAUUGGGAGUCUUAUUCCCGUUCGUUCAUGCAAAGGGCGCCGGAGUGGCGACAGUUGCUACGGUUGCGUACGAACUGUCACACAUCGCAAGCGUACUACGGAGUGGAAGGGAGCUUCCCAGAAUGGAGACGUCCCUGGACUACUGCUUCCACAACGACAGUGGCAUUUCUUCCUCAUUAAACGCUACUUUCCCUACUCCACCCGCAGAGCCAAACGACUCCUUUAUCCUGUUCCGUGUGUCCUAUCUUUGGACCAGCUUCUUUGCUAUGCUCGCUACAAUUCUGCUGGGAGUAAUCGUGAGCGCUGUCACAGGCAAGUAUGUUAUGCGAGAGCAACUAUAUGGACACUCCAUGCGCAUUUUCGGAAUCGUCGUCGCCGUGAUGUUCCUCAUAAAUCCGAGAGCAAAAACGUUGUGGCCGUGCCAAGGGAGAUUCUAG